AUGGAUCCUUUUUUAAAAAAAGAAAAAAAAAUUCAUAAUUCUUCGGAUUAUUUUACAAAUAUAAAACGUUUUCGAUGGAAAAAAGAUUGGCUUGACUCUUUAGAAAAAGAAGAUAAGUUUCUUUUAUUUGGUGACUCUUAUAUUAAACAAUCACUUUUGAAUCAACAAGAAAAUCGUUUUUCGAAUUGGUCACCAUGCGUUCAAGAAUUGUUAUGUCGGUAUAUUAAAGUGAAGCAAGAAAGGUAUUUUUGGGAUUUUUUAGAAUGUUAUGAGAAACAGGAAGAUGCGAAUAAUCAUGAAUUUUUUAAAAACUCUUCUGCUUGUUCUAUCCCUCAACAAACUCAACAAUUUGAGAAGGAUGAAAUCAUAAAUUCUGUUGCCUUACCGCCCGCCCUUUAUAAAAAUAAAAGUAACGAGGACAUUGAUUUAUAUGGUUUUGCAUCAUCUGUGACGGUCCAUUCAAACACACCUAACUUGCGAAAAAGUUACAAUAACAAAAAAAAAUUUAAUCUUAAAGAUAUAGCUUAUUUAAAGCAAGAAAUUUCAGAAAAACCCAAGCGUCCUGUAUUAGCCCAGCUUUUAAAACAAUGGUGUGAAACAUCAAACGACACCACACCCAUAUUGAAAUCAACAAGUAAUAAAUUGCCCCAUUUGCUUCAGUUGCAUCAGCAACAUGGUACACCAAUAGAAGCCAAACCUUUUCACGAGUUAUAUCCAACACCAACACCUGAUCAAAUAAGAGAACUAGAGAAAUUAAAUAGGUUAUCUAUCAAGAAUAAAUAUAAAUUGAAAGAAAGUGAAGAAAGUGUUAUGGUGACCCAAGAGAAACGAUCCGUUGCAGGGGGACGUUAUUUCAUUCGAUAG